GGUAUUCGGAAAGCCAUGGCCAAGAAGAGCGGAGGUUCGAAGCCCAAAGGCAGCGUCGGCAAGAGUAACAAGCCCAAGAAGGGUGGCAUGUUCAAGGCGCUCAAGAAGCAGGAGAAGAGAACUGCCGUGGUAGGAGUGGAUAAGAACGAUCCGCACAGCAAAAAGCGCAAGGCAAAGGUAGCCAAGCGUCCAGCAACUGUAUCCGACGAGCUCCGCAGUUUUGACGAGCGCAUGGCCGCAAAAACUGCGCGGCGACCCGGAGCUGUGCCAAAAGUUGCUGCAGUGGCUCCUCCAACAUUCGUGAUGGCAGCUCCAACCUUCCAGCUCAAUUUGAAUCCUGUGCAGCCAACGCCAGCGCCACGUGAAGUAGAAGGCUUUCGUGGAUUCAUGUCGGCGUUGGAAGCCCCAAAGGAUGCGCCAGUUGUGAACCCAAAUCGUAAUGCGCGUCAGCCUAAGACUGUUCAGCCAAAAUACCGUGGCAGCAAUGUGUUUGCAAUGCUGGAAGAUGAAGAUGAAGAGCAGCAGAAGACACAGAUGGCUUCACAACCGGCGCCGACGUUCAUGCAGCCGGCAACGUUCACAUUCGCAACAGCCAAGCCGACUCUUACGUUGCAAUCUUCGUUGCAGUCCUCACUACGACAGAACAUGCAGCCAGUAGCAGUGACUGCAGUACUGCAUACAGAGGACAUCGAUCCCGACUUAUAA